AGUAACAUUAGCAUUGCUAUCCCAAGACAAAUCAUUCGCACCGCUGGACAAGACUGCUGGUCGAAGCAAAAUUUGACAGGACGUCGAGCUCAGCCAUCACUGUUGGCUGUUGACAUUUCAAUGAUCUACUUUCGUUAGUUUGUUCCCCUGGCAAUGAAGUACACCAUAACGGCAGUGGACGGUGGCAUCCGUGUAGGAAUACUGAGGGUUCGAGUCCCGAGCUGUUAACCCUCGCUGACGUUGGCCAACUUCGCUAGCCUGCUAGCUGUCGACGCUAACAUGGCCAAUACGGAGAACGGCCGUCGCUCGGUGGACACAAGGAGCAUCCGGACCCUCAGCAGCAGUCACAUCGACGACGAAAGUUCACUGGGGUCCGACUCCGAGAUCAAUGGUUUCACCAGCGAUAAACAAACCGACAAAUAUGGAUUUAUUGGCGGAGCGCAACAGUACACGGAGGAGUCGGCUCAGGAUGUGCCUACAGCAGUGCUCAGGCAGAGGGAGGUGAAGUGGUUGGAUAUGCUCAAUCACUGGGACAAGUGGAUGAUCAAGAGAUUCAAUAAAGUGAGGCUUCGAAGCCAGAAAGGAAUUCCUCCCUCUCUCCGAGGCCGUGCGUGGCUCUACCUUUCAGGAGGAAAGGGCAAGAAAGAGCAAAACCAAGGAAAGUUUCAGGAGUUGGAUAGCCAGCCAGGGGAUCCCAAAUGGAGCGACGUGAUUGAGAAAGAUCUCCAUCGACAGUUUCCAUUCCACGAGAUGUUUGUGUCACGGGGAGGACACGGGCAGAAGGAUCUUUUCCGUGUUCUGAAGGCCUACACUCUGUACAGACCAGAGGAGGGAUACUGUCAAGCGCAGGCUCCCAUUGCUGCUGUGUUACUCAUGCACAUGCCUGCUGAGGAUGCCUUCUGGGGGCUGGUACAAAUAUGUGAGAAAUACCUUCCCGGCUACUACAGCCCCGGCCUGGAAGCUAUACAGUUGGAUGGAGAGAUCCUUUUUGCUUUGCUGCGACGCGUCUCUCCACUAGCCUUCCGCCAUUUGGAGAAACACAAGAUUGACCCCAUCCUCUACAUGACUGAAUGGUUUAUGUGUGCCUUCUCUCGAACGUUGCCAUGGGCCUCCGUGUUGCGUGUCUGGGACAUGUUCCUCUGUGACGGUGUGAAAAUAAUCUUCAGAGUCGGCUUGGUGCUGUUAAAGUGCAUGCUGGGAAGUCGUGAGAAGCUGAAGGCCUGCCAGGGCCAAUAUGAAACCAUGGAGCUUCUCCGAGCUGUGGAGCCUCGAUACAUGCAGGAGGGUUUCCUCGUGCGAGAGAUCUUGGAAGUGCCAAUUACGGCGCGAGACGUGGAACGAGAACAUCACACCCAGCUAAAGCGCUGGAGGAAGAGCCGUGGCGAGCUCAAUUUCAAAUCUCCUCCGAGGAUGCACGGCGCUCGACUCAUCAUGCUGGCUGAUCCCCCGAGGCGCCAGGACCUCCAGCAGCACCCCACCAUUUUACUGGAAGAGGCGGAGCUUAGCCCGCUGCUGAAGAAGGGCAAAGAGCACAAGAGCAGAAAGAAAACCCUGAAGAAAUCGCAGUUCCCUGAGGUGAUUCCAAACCCUUACCCUCUUCCCAACGCCACGCCACCCCCACCGUCUUAUCCACCAGCCCCGCCUCCACUGCUCAGCAAGGCCCCAGAGACUGUACCACAGACUCAAGCCGACCCAAUUCACCAGGGCCACGUGCCUUCUGCAAACCUCCCACCUGCCAAAGAGACUCCCCUACAGCAAUCCACACACAGCCUCAGCAGCACAGACCAGGAUACGUACCUGUAAUUCUGACGCGCGCAGUGUGUGCGUAGAAGCAGCACCAGCACCCUUCAGCCAACAACCAGCCAUGGAUGAGUUUAUUGGACUGUUAACUCCUCCUCAGAUACCAGUUUGGCUUCUGAUAAGACUGAUGUCCAACUACAGCGUAAAACUGCCUCGAUGCUCUCUACAUCGAAACACCUGACUUCCUGGGACAACAUUGUCUUUUUCGAUGCGUGGAAGUAAAUUGCCAAAGUUAAUGGGGAUGCGUUGUUGUUUCGUUGUCUACUCGGAUAAAACACUACAGUGGAUUUUUGAUGCAAUCAAUACGCAAACACUUCCUUUUGCAGUGGGCAGCCUUUCAGUCAGAUGGUUUGGUUUGUCUGCUUGCCAGCUGCAAUUCCUCUUUACAUUCCCUGUUUGGGAAGCUUCUCACCACACAGUCUGUUGGGAGACAAUCUUAUUUUCAUGAGUGCUCUUUGUUUUCAACAUGCACAUUGAACACUUGAAGCAUUUCAUUUUUACAGUCUUACAUUUACAUUAAAAAAAAAUUGUCCAGACAUUGUACUUAGGAUCUUUUUAUCACAGUUAUUUAUUUUGUACUCUGUCACAAAAGCCUUGCUGGUGCACAAAUCGUUGUCUUUUUUUUUUUUUCUUUAAUGUGGAUGGAUAACUUAACCCACAAUCACUGUGCCACUUUCUGUAGCUUUGGAGCAGCAGAAAAGGACUGGUGUUUUGGCAGCGGCCACAAGAACACUGUACCAACAUUCCUGGCGUCUUAAGAGCUAAUUAACCUUAACGUGCUUGUUUGCCAAAUGCUAAUCAGUAUAACUAAUGACUUUGUGCAUGUGCUUUCUCUCAAGACUUGCCAAUGGCAUAAUGGUGCUGACCUUCCUUUUGCAAUUGCUUGGCCAUUCCCCACCUGUUCUUUGUUUGAUCCAUUUGUUGCAUAAUUUUGAUUUCAAGCCUUGUGGUUAGGCUUCUUUGAUUGGGAGGUGUAAAACUUUGAACGAUAUUUGGUGGCACUUUUACUAAGCAACGGGAUGUUUUCAAACAUCUUUACAUAUUUCCACGGUAGUUGUCAUUUCUAUGAGGUCACACGUUUUUAAACUACUUUGGAACAUCUUCACUAUAUCCACAAACAGUAUAUUUUCAACCUUGUAUCAACUUUGCAAUACUAGAGAAAAACGUGACUGUCAUUGAAUUGGGAAAAAACGUUUAUGCUAUAAAUAAACAUUUAUCUGGAAAAUA